AUGUCAUUCGCUGCGAAACGCCUCGCAAAAGAGCUCUCCAAGAUACAGGGCACCCUUCCACCUGGAAUUGAACUUGUUUCAACAGGAGAUGCAUUUUCCGAAUGGUGUCUUGAUAUAAAGGUGCUAGAUCAGAAUCCACUUUAUCUUGGUGAAACCUACCGACUCAAGUUUAAAUUCAGUCCAUCGUAUCCAAUAGAGCCUCCAGAAGUAACGUUUGUUUCUCUUCCUGGCCGACCUAUUCCAAUGCACCCGCACAUCUAUUCUAAUGGUAUAAUAUGUCUUGAUCUAUUAGCACAACAGGGAUGGAGCCCAGUUCACAAUGUAGAAAGCGUAUGCAUGAGCCUACAAAGCAUGCUGACGGGUAACACGAAGAAUGAACGCCCUGAAGGUGAUGAACACUUUGUUGCAAACAAUAGACGGCGUCCGCGGGAUAUAGAUUUUAUGUUCCAUGACUCCACAGUUUAG